AUGGAGUGCGUUCCCUGGACGGAGCUGCUUGGACAGUCUGAAGACAGCUACAAAGUCAGCCAUUGGAAGCAGUAUCCGGCGGGAACGCAGUACGUCUACAGCUAUUUUGAGAGCCGCGGCUGUGAUAACGCGGGUUGGAACGAGGUCGUUUUCUUUGGUCUGCAGUACUUCAUCAAGCGCUACCUGCUUGGCCCAGUUGUGACCAAGGAGAAGAUCGAUGAGGCAGCCGAGAUCUAUGCCCAGCAUUUCGGAGACGGCGUGAACGACAAUCCAUCUAUGUUUUACCGCGAGGGAUGGGAGUACAUCUUGAAGGAGCAUGGCGGCAGGCUACCAGUGCACAUCAAGGCAGUGCCUGAAGGCACGGUGGUCCCAACCAAGACUGCCUUGUUCACGCUUGUCAACACUGAUCCCAAGUGCUUCUGGCUGACCAACUUCCUGGAGACAUUGCUGGUGCAGGUUUGGUACCCAAUGACCGUUUGCACACAGAGCCGCUUUCAGAAGAUCUCGAUCGCCAAGUACCUGGAGGAAACCGGAAACACAGACUGGACAAUUCCCGGUGGUGUCUGUUUCAAGCUGCAUGACUUCGGCUUCCGAGGAGUUUCCUCUGUCGAGUCUGCCGCAAUUGGUGGAUGCGCGCACCUUGUGAACUUCCUUGGCACUGACACCGUGGCCGCCAUGAUCUGCGCCAGGGACUACUACGGUGCAAAGAAGGCAGCUGGCGGAUCCAUCCCCGCAUCGGAGCACUCCACCAUCACGUCCUGGGGUGUUGAGGGUGAGGUUGAUGCCAUGAGGAACAUGCUGGAGUCCUACCCGGAUGGUUUGGUGGCCUGCGUCUCUGACUCCUUUGACAUUUGGCGCGCAUGCAGAGACUAUUGGGGCGGCCAGCUCAAAGAUCUGAUCAAGGGCCGCAUCACUGACACCAAGUUUGGUCGAUUGGUUGUUCGGCCUGAUAGCGGCGAUCCAGCAGAGACCUGCACCUCCAUCCUGAAGAUUCUAUUGGAGCAGUUCAAGGAAGAUGUGACCGAGACUCCAACAGGACACAAGCUGCUUCCUCCCUACAUCCGUGUCAUCCAGGGCGACGGUGUUGAUUGGGAAUCCAUUCCCAAAAUCUUGGAGAAGCUCAAGAAGGAGAAAAUCGCUGCGGACAACAUUGGGUUUGGAAGUGGCGGUGCGCUGCUUCAGAAGCUGAACCGAGACACCUUCAAAUGUGCAUUCAAGUGCGCUGAAAUCACCAUCAACGGCGAGAGCCGUGAUGUGUUCAAAGACCCUAUCACUGACAAGGGCAAGGCGUCAAAAAAAGGACGUUUGACGCUGCAGCUGGCCUCUGAAACCACCGGCUUCACAGAUGCUGACAAGUACAAGCCGCGUUCGGAUACCAACCCAACACCUGGAGGAACUGGUUUCCUGCACUACAGCUCGGAUGGCAAAUAUGUCACUGUUGCAAGCGGCAAGGGCGACCCGGCCAAGGACAUCAUGGUGGACGUCUUCAAGGACUGCCCCGUCGAAUCUGCAUAG